AUGCGUUUAGGGUCAAGAUCUGAUGGUUCCAAGAAAAGGAAGAAGCAGUACAGAGGGAUCCGUCAACGCCCCUGGGGCAAGUGGGCUGCUGAAAUUCCUGAUCCAAGAAAAGGAUCCCGUGUUUGGCUCGGUACCCCUGAAGAAGCUGCUACGGCUUAUUAUGCUGCUGCCACCAGGAUCCGUGGUCCCAAAGCCAACCUCAACUUCUUCAAACCAUUAUCACAAACUCCUCACCCUGCUCAUGCUAAAAAACCUAAAACUGACAAUGAUAUGUUCUUCCAAGGUAACUGGGAUGCUGCUUCUAUGGAUGCUGGUGGUAAUGUCAUGGAUCUUUGGACCUUUGAUGAUCUUCCUGUCACCAUAAGGCUUUACACUCUCAGUAGCUUAUGUGCUUGCUUUGACUGGUGUCUAAUUUUGAAUUAUGAAGCGUCUGUGUUCAUGUAG